AUGACCACUACAACGACAACAUCUCACGCCGAGUCCACAGCCGCAUUGGCCAAAUCAUCUGGUCCUAUGAAGCUGGAUGGAGUAGCAACCAACUACGGCGACUGGCGAGAUGACCUCAAUCGAGAUGGCUAUGCAGUUAUCAAGGGUGCCAUUCCCAGAGUACGAGCUGAUGGCUAUUCGGAUAAGUUCUACAGUUACAUCGAAGACUUUGGCCUUGGAUAUUCCCGCAAGGAUCCUUCGACCGUUAAACAAGCGAAGUUACCGGUUGUCAACGAGAAGGGCAUGAUUCUUCAUUACGGUGUCACUCACGAAAAAUGGGUUUGGGAUAUCCGAAGUGAGCCCGGUGUUGUGGAAGCAUUCGAGAGGGUGUAUGAUGAUACCGAUCUGAUCGUAUCAUUCGAUGUUGUAAAUGUUGGAUUUGCGAACCGAGAAGACCUCCCAGAGAAUAAGCCAUGGCCUCACCAAGAUCAGGACCCGGCAAAGCCUGGUUUCAGAUGCCUACAGGGACUCGUCAAUUUGAACCCCUGUGGUCCAGAUGAUGGUGGUCUUAUUGUAUGUCGGGGUGGCCAUCGCCUUUCGGAAGAAUUCCACGAGGCCAUGAAAGACGAAGAAAGAAUUCCUGCUUGGACUCCUGAGUGGUACGGUUUCACUGAAAACGGCAUGAAGUGGCUCAACGACAAAGGCCUUGAAUGGGUCAAGGUCUGCGCCGACCCUGGUGAUCUUAUCGUUUGGGACAGUAGAAUUCCUCACUACAACGUCCCGACGAAAACUACACAGGACAGAUUUGCCGUGUAUACUUGCUUUAUGCCCGUGAAGAGCGCUACGCAAGAAGAUUUGAUUAGAAAGAAGGAUGCUUUCGAGAACCGUCUCGGAACAACGCACUGGCCCAAUGCUCGUCAUGUUGGAUCAAACACUGCAAUGAGGGGUGGGGUUCUAUGCUCAGCGGCUCGCUCAAGACCUGUGGAGGAUCCCGUACUCACUGAGAGAGCGUUCAGAUUGACUGGUAUUCCAUACAUUCAGGCCUCAGCUUGA